CAGCCCCACAGACCGCCUCACCCUCUUACCCCGUCCUGAAACACUCUCUCACGACACACACAGACAAGCGCCGGGCUAGCCGGCCGAGGGUAUGGGCAACUCAUCCCAAAAAGAGGCCCAGGACGAAGGAGGAGAGGAAAAGGAGAAAAAGGUUAAAGAGAAGGGAGAUGAAGGUGAGGAAGAGGAGGAAGCGGCUGAAAAAGAAGAAGAAGAAGAAGAAGAGGAGGUCCUGGAGGACGAGGAGCUGCCGCUUGGAGUAGACGAUCUCUUGGCGAGUGGAGAUCCGGUGUUGGAUCUGAGCUACUACAAGUUCCGUCGCCUUCCUCGUCAAGUCCUAGAUCUGGAGUACUUGGAGAAGCUCUACGUCUGUGGAAACCGUCUCCGCAACAUUCCUAAGGGUAUCACGCGGCUGCAGGGUUUGCGUACCCUGGCGCUCGACUUCAAUAAACUUGAUGACGUUCCUCUCUCGGUGUGCAAGUUGACUAAUCUCACGUGUCUUUACCUGGGAAGCAACCGGCUGGUGAGCCUCCCACCGGAAGUGAGCAACCUGCAGAACUUACGUUGCCUCUGGGUGGAGAGCAACUACUUCCAGCGAUUCCCCAAGCAGUUGUACGACCUUCCCAAUUUGCGCUCACUGCAGAUUGGGGACAACCGCCUGCGCACCCUUCCCUCGGACCUAUGCCGCAUGGAGUCCCUGAGAGGGCUCUGGCUGUACGGUAACCGCUUUCAGGAGUUUCCGCGAGUGCUCCUCAAGAUGGAGCAGCUGGAGAUUUUGGACAUGGACCGCAAUCGGAUAUCAGAGUUCCCAAACUUGCAUCAUCUACCGGCGCUGCGACUCUUCUCCUAUGACCACAACCCUGUGAAGGAGCCACCGCGUGUAGGGGAGGAGGUGCUUAUCGUCGGGGAGGGGGCUGAGGAGGUGUUGCAGGCUAGAGAGAGAAGGAGAGAGGCAAAAGAACGAGCGGAAAAAGAAGCAGAGGAGGCGGCGGCUGCGGCGGCGGCAGCAGCAAGUCCGGUCAUUCACGGAAUACUCAAGAAACUCCGGAUGAACUCCGCCCUUAACUUGGCAGCUGCUAAGGGGAAGGAAAUAAAUGAGCCGGAUCCAUCAACAACCCCAACUGGGGAUGAGAACGAACCACAAAAUAAUGAUGAAGGGGCGGAGUCUGAGAGACAAGGUGUGGCGUUUGAGGAGGCGGAGCUUGGUUAUGAUGAUGAUGGUCUGGAAUAUGAAAGGGAGGAGCUAAUCUACGAGGGGGAGGUGUAUGAAGGCUACGAGGGGGCGGAGUUAGAGUAUGAGAGAGCUGAAAUGGACUAUGAAUAUGAAGGGGAGGAGCAAGAACAACCUUGAUACUUGCACCUGUUAGUCUAAUUAUUAUAUCUGAAGUGUGUAAUUUCUGCAAACAGAAUUGCAGAUUGUUUAGCAACCAACAGUCAUUAAUUCAUUUAUGCAGAUGCUACACACUUCUGCUUUAAGCAUCUGAGGUGUUACUGCAAGGGUUGCAGGUUCAAUCCCAAGGGUGAACUGGAGAGUAACAAUGAGUUAUUGGAGCCCAGAAAAUGGUCCUUUAGUAACCCCAUGAUACUUUAUGGGGUUAUUAAAGCGACUUCAAGUCGCUCUAAUAAAAAGCAUCUGCUAACAUUAACAUUAAAUUAUGUCUGAUUGGUUGGAAAUUUGAAUGAAAGGUCAAGUUUUUAAAAAGAAAUGUUAUACCCAAAAAUGUUAAAUCUGAUAUAAUUUGCUCAUUCUCAUGUUGUUAAAUACUGCGUGAAACACAAAAUAAGAUAUUUUAAUGAACGGUU